UCAAUUUCUUAAACAUUUGUGGCACUCUCGGAAUCAGGAUAGACCUUUUAUUACUUCCCUACAGAUCAUUUCAGAAUUCAGACAUAGUUAUGGCAAGUGAUUUGCAUAUAGUAAUAUUUCCAUGGUCGGCCUUUGGUCACAUAUUGCCAUUUUUCCAUUUCUCCAAAGCUUUAGCCGAAGCUGGAGUUCAUGUCUCCUUUGUAUCAACUCCGAGGAAUAUACAGCGACUACCUGCAAUAUCACCAACCUUAGCACCGCUAAUAAACUUAGUGGAGCUUCCUUUUCCAGCUUUGGACGUUAAGUAUGGCUUGCCAGAAGGAGCUGAGGCAACAGUAGACAUUCCUGCUGAGAAAAUCCAAUACUUGAAGAUCGCCUAUGAUCUCUUACAACACCCCUUCAAGCAGUUUGUCGCUGAGAAGUCCCCGAAUUGGAUAAUUGCUGAUUUUUGUUCUCACUGGGCUGUUGACAUCGCAAAAGAACAUGGUAUCCCACUAAUAUACUUGUCGAUUUUCUCUGGAGCCACGAGAGCGUUUAUGGGGCAUCCAGGAAAUUUUGUUGGCGAUGGCCAGAAGAUGUUUUGGGGAUCCCCGGAAUCUCUGACUUCACCACCGGAGUGGAUAACCUUCCCAUCGUCUGUAGCUUUCCGAAGCUAUGAGGCAAAAAACAUGUAUCCUGCGAUAUUUGGGGAGAAUGCCUCAGGCAUAAGAGAUGCCGAACGGAUAGCAAAGACUGUAAGUGGAUGUCAAGCUAUAGCUGUCCGUAGCUGCAUUGAAUUUGAAGGUGAGUACAUGGAUGUAUACCAGAAACUUGUAAGUAAGCAGGUAAUUCCAAUAGGUUUGCUCCCUCCAGAAAAACCAGAGAAAAGAGAAAUAACUGAUGGGACAUGGAACACGAUCUUCGAGUGGCUUGACAAUCAAGAACACGAAUCCGUGGUAUUUGUUGGAUUUGGCAGUGAGUGUAAAUUGACCAAAGAUCAAGUUUAUGAGAUAGCUUAUGGGCUUGAGCUAUCAAAAUUGCCAUUUCUCUGGGCACUUAGGAAACCCAAUUGGGCAGCAACAGAUCUCGAUGUUCUACCCCCAGAAUUCAUUAACAAGACUUCCGAGAAAGGGAUUGUCUCCAUAGGAUGGGCACCACAACUAGAACUUCUAUCGCAUCCAUCAAUAGGGGGAUCAUUGUUUCACUCCGGGUGGGGUUCCGUAAUAGAAACUCUGCAGUAUGGACAUUGUUUAAUUGUUUUGCCAUUUAUCGCAGAUCAAGGGCUGAAUGCCAGGCUUCUUGUGGAGAAGGGCUUGGCUGUUGAGGUAGACAGGAAGGAAGAUGGAUCAUUUACCAGACAUGAUAUUGCCAAGUCUUUGAGACUAGCUAUGGUCUCGGAGGAAGGAAGUCAGCUGAAGACUCGAGCAAAAGAUGCCGCUACCAUAUUCCAGAAUAGGAAGCUGCAUCGGGACUACAUCAAUAGGUUUGUGAAGUAUCUGAAGGAUGGAGUUUCUUGAAACUGUCGAAACGUAUCCCGAUUGUCCGAUCUCUCACUGUCUUUAUCCUCGUCUUACUCGAGGAUAAAUAUUUGGGCAACUAUGAUAUAUAAUUGUGUAUUAUUUUGGGAAUAAAGUCUUCAAUUUGAUUGUGAGAA